AUGCUUCGCCCCCAGUCCCCGAGUUGCCCAAAAGUGAGGCCGCUCAGGCGAGGGGGGAGAGUCGGGGAUUCGGGAGGCUGUCCAGGCCCCCCGAUCAAGGAGGGACGCCCCCCCUUUCGGACAUCCUGGAGUUGGGCCCAGACUUCUGGGUCCCGACGGACACCUCCCCGAGUCGGGGCUCGGGAUCACCAGGCCCCUCGUCACGAAGGGAGUCCGAACACAUGGUGCGGUGCAUGGGCGUCGCCGUUCUCGCUCCAGGAGCGCUUGGGCGGCGCUGGCGGCCGCCAGGCGCCGCCGCCGGCCCCCGUGCCGAGGGGCCCCGCCUCGGAGGCGCAGUGGAAGAAGUGCAGGGCGCCCCUGUCGGUGGACUGCGGCUUCCUCCACGACACCAUGGCGCUGCAGUGGGGCAGGUUCCGGGACCUCGUGGACGAGCUCACCACCGAGAUGGAGCGCAGCAGUGACGCGUUCGUACGGGAGCGGGACAACCUGAACGAGCAGAUCACGACCUUCAGGGCCAGCAAGACGAAGCACCAGGAAAUGUUGGGGGAGGCCGUCUCGGAGAUGAACUCGCUGUCCGCGGAGUCGCGCGAGAAGGAGCAGCAGCAUCGCGACCUGGAGGCGAGCUACAAGAAGAAGAUGAAGGAGUGCCACGAUCACGUCACAGAGAUCCUUUUCACGAACAUAUGCUCUGUUCGCGUCGUGCGGAACAAACUCAUGGAGUACAGCCAGGAGACACCGCCCGAGAAAAUCAAGGAUUGCGACUUCACCGACUUGAGUCCCAGGAUGUGCUCCGUCGAUUGCGACGACAGCUGCCCCGCAGACGUCGGCGGUGCCAACGGCCAGUCCUGCGGCGGCACGCAGGACCUCGUGAGGGAGCUCCUGGUCUCGCCCAGCCCGGUCGGCAUGCCUUGCCCACCGCUCUCCAGGGCGAAGAGGUGCAACCAGCACAGGUGCCCGGUGGCGUGCUCGAUGUCCCAGUGGAGCGGCUACUCGGGCUGCUCCAAGGAGUGCGGCGGAGGCACCCAGGGCAGGACGCGCGCCAUCCUCGUCAAGCCGAUGAACGGCGGGAACGAGUGCGACACGACCAUGGAGGAGAGGUCCUGCAACACCGGGUCGUGCGACCGGGACUGCACGCUCUUCGAGUGGACGGCCUGGGAGGUUCGCCUGUGGCCCCCUAUCCGUGGCCUGCGGCGGCGGCCUGCAGAGGCGCGCGCGGCGCGUCGACCUCCCGGUCCGCGGCGGCGGGAAGUGCCCCGGGCCCCAGCACGCGGACCGGCUGCAGCUGCAGGAGAGUGCAACACCCAGAAGUGCGUCGGCGACGAGGUCUGCAUCGCGCGCCAGGACCUCGUGGUCGCCCUCGACGGCAGCGGCUCCCUGAAGAAGAAGGGCUUCGAGGUCUUGCGGUAUUUCGCGCGGAACUUGACCUCCAGGUACCGGUCGGUGUACUAUGGCCAGGAGCAGAUGAGAGUUGGGGUUGUCCUGUUCGGCAACGGUUUCUUGCACGAGGGGGGCUACGUGAGCGAAGCGAUUCAGGCCCACCCCCUGUCGAGUGACAUAGCGUCGGUGACGCGGACCAUCGAGGGGCUUCAGUGGCAACGUGGGUUCACAAACAUGAUGCAGGCGUUCAAGUUGGCCGACAAUAUGCUCGAAGCCGAAGGCCGCAGCGAUGCGCACAGCGCAAUCCUGGUGUUGUCAGACGGCAAAUACACCAACGCUUUCCGAACGAGCCAGAAGGUCCAGAACUUGAAGGACAAGGGCAUUCAGAUCUUCAUGGCCCCUGUGGCCGCCUUUGAGAGCCAAAGCCUGGAUCAAAUCAGGAACUGGGCCAGCUCGCCCUGGGAGGCGAACUACGAGCGUAUCCCGGGCGUCAAGGCGCUGGAGAACAACGAGGAUGCGUUCGCGCAACAGUUGCUAGUGAAGUUCUGUCCGCGGGCCUUCUCGCCGUCCCUCGAGGCGGCCACCGACGCGCAGGUCGGCUUCCUGAAAGUCCGCGAGGAGGGGUACCCGACGCAGGAGUGUGGCAGGUGGCGCAAUCUGGGCCAGAAAGAGACGCUCGAGGAGUGCUUCCGGGCAGUGAAGGAGCUGCAGAUGCUGGCGUUUGCGUAUGAGGAGAGCGGCCACUCGGCAGGCACCUGCUACUCGGAGGCAGUACACGUCACGCGGGAGAUCUGGGACCACGCCCUGGCGAACCGAACGUCCCUGCCCUGUCCGUCUUUUGAGUGGCAGGCAACUCCUGCGCUGACGAGCGAGCGGCCAGGUGGCGGCUGGGAAUACGCGCGCUACGCGAGCACGUACAUCAUCAACCCUGCGGUCCACGAGUACAUGUCUUUGGAGUCCGACAAGGAUGAGUAG